UUGUAUAUAAUUUGUGUCCUUUUAUUCAGUUGAGUGCUAAUUUUGGUUGUUUUUGUUUCAUCAAGUCCAUGACCGCUCACUGACCGAUUCCCUUACUAGUGCACUGACUGCUGAAAUAGGGAGCUGCCUGAGACACACUCAGAGAUUCGGUUUUCAUUCAUUUUUCUUUCUGGAAAUUAUUCACAUCUUAAACAGGACAAAGUAUCCAAACACACAGAAAAACAACAGCUGAAUCAACUGAGAUCCAUGUGACACACUAUUAUAAAGAUGGCAUGUAUCAAAGAGGAGAGUGAAGAUACGAAGAUUGAAGAAACAUUCAGAGUCAAACAUGAAGAUACUGAGGAACAAACAGAACUGAUGGCACUGAAAGAGGAGAGUCAAGAACUGAAUGAAAUAGAAAAGAAAGAUCAAAAUGGGAAACAGCGUGAUUUCAAAACUGAUGAAAAAUCAAUUAGUUGCUCACAACAUGAAAAGACUUCCUCACAAAAAACACAAACUACAAAUUUUAAUUCCAACAUGAGAAUUCAUACUGAAGAGAGACCUUACACCUGCAAACAGUGUGGGAAAUGUUUCUCACGAAGUGGAGAUCUUAAGACUCACAUGAAAAUUCACAUUGAAAAGAAGCCAUUAAUAUGCCCUCAAUGUGGAAAGAGUUUUACACUGAAAAAAUACCUUAAUGUCCACAUGAAAAUUCACACUGGAGAAAAGCCUUUUACCUGCCCUCAGUGUGAAAAGAGUUUCACACAGAAAAAAAACCUCACUGUGCACAUGAGAAUUCACACUGGAGAGAAGCCUUUCACCUGCAAACUGUGUGGGAAAAGUUUCACGUAUAAAGGAAAACUUAAGAUUCACAUGAGAAGUCAUACUGGAGAGAAUCCAUUUGAAUGUGAUCAAUGUGGAAAGAGUUUUACACUAAAUAGUCAACUUAAUAUCCACGUGAGAAUUCAUACUGGAGAGAGACCUUACACCUGCAAACUGUGUGGGAAGAGUUUCACACGAAAUGGAGUUCUUAAGACUCACAUGAUAAUUCACACUGAAAAGCUGUUCAUAUGUCCUCAGUGUGGAAAGAGUUUUACACUGAAAAGAACGCUUGAUGUCCACAUGAGAGUUCACACUGGAGAGAAGCCUUACACCUGCCCUCAGUGUGGAAAGAGUUUCACGUAUAAAGGAAACCUUAAGACUCACAUAAGAAGUCACACUGGAGAGAAUCCCUUUAAAUGUGAUCAAUGUGGGAAGAGUUUCAGACAUAGUGUAAACCUUAAUAAUCACAUGAAGAUUCACUCAAGAAAGAAGAGUUUUAAAUGUCAUCAGUGCAAAAAGAGUUUCACAGAGAGGGAACAUCUUAAGAAUCAUGUAAAAACCCACAUCGGAGAAAAGCCUUUCAUGUGCCAUCACUGUGGAAAGAGUUGUUCAAGAAAAGGAAACCUUAAGGUUCACUUGAGCAUUCACACUGGAGAGAAACCUUUCACCUGUGAACAGUGUGGAAAGAGUUUCACUUUUAAAGUAAACCUUAAGAUUCACAUGAGAGUCCACACUGGAGAGAAGCCUUACAAGUGUCCUCAGUGUGAGAAGAGUUUCACAUGUCAAAGCAGCAUGAAACGUCAUUUGGAAACUCAUUCUGGGAAGAAAUUGCCAUUUUCCUCAGUGUGAAGAGGUUUAGAAAAAGGAGCGAUUUCUACAAUAAUCAGCACAUCCAUUUUGGAAGACAUUCAGUUGUAGUCAAAGUAAUGAAAACAUUAUUGUACGUCACGCUUACAGAUACAUGUGAAAAGUCAUGCAAAUGUAAGACUCGGUUUGUGUUCUUUGUUGAAUAGUAUGACAAGAGAAAACACUGUGUGAAAUCAAGGCUGUUCACACCACAGCUGAAUGUGGACUACAUCUGAUUUUCACCUUUAUGCAUCCUUCAUCUCUUUAUGCUUCACCAUAAGGCUUUUAUUUUCUUUUUUGUACUUCUGUGGCCAUACCUAACCGUCUGCUUAUUGUAGUUUCAAAUAUUGAGUGAUUACAGUAGAUUCUCUCAAAUUGUGACUAGAGGUGUCACUCAGUUCCAUGUGUUGAUUCCUCUGAAUCAAUAUAUUAGUCAAACUUUUACCUUGCUGGGAAAAGCAAUGAUGUAACUGAAAGGUUAUAAAUAAAUUGAC